CGAAACCCAUCCCAUAGCAUCCCAACACCGCCUACCAAGUACUUGUCAUUAUCCACCACAUUCAACAACCCACCCUUCCGGUCCCUCGAAUCCUUCCAUUGUCGUUCAAGUGACUCUCUACCUGUCCUGUCUGGAGGCGCCUGAACGUCUGCACCUCGAUCCUCACCGCGCCCUCCCGUCUCCCACCAAUGCACAUCUGGUCGCUCACUUCUGUCGCAUGAGCCUGCCCCUCCAUUGACGACCCUCACCACCCUUCGCAUCUCGUAGCCAUGGCGCGAGUCUACGCCGAUGUCAACGCCAACAUGCCCCGAUCAUACUGGGACUAUGAUUCGGUGGCUAUUAGUUGGGGGGUUCUUGAAAACUACGAAAUUGUCCGCAAGAUUGGUCGAGGGAAAUAUUCAGAGGUGUUUGAGGGCAUCAAUGUCGCCAACUAUCAGAAAUGUGUCAUCAAGGUCCUCAAACCGGUCAAGAAGAAGAAAAUCAAGAGAGAAAUCAAAAUUCUACAGAACUUGUCGGGAGGUCCCAACAUUGUCGCACUCUUGGACGUUGUGCGUGACAGCCAAUCGAAAACACCGAGUCUGAUAUUCGAAAAUGUGGAUAACACGGAUUUUCGAACAUUGUAUCCCCGUUUUGUCGAUUUGGAUGUUCGCUUCUACAUCAACGAGCUGCUCAAGGCCUUGGACUUUUGUCACAGUAAAGGAAUCAUGCAUCGAGAUGUCAAGCCCCACAACGUCAUGAUUGAUCAUGCAAAGAGGAAGCUCCGACUGAUUGAUUGGGGUCUCGCCGAGUUCUAUCACCAAGGCACAGAAUACAAUGUCCGGGUCGCCUCUCGGUACUUCAAGGGUCCAGAGCUCCUGGUUGACUACCAAGAAUAUGAUUAUUCACUCGACAUGUGGUCAUUAGGUGCCAUGUUUGCCUCGAUGAUCUUCCGAAAGGAACCCUUUUUCCACGGACAAAGCAACUCGGACCAAUUGGUUAAAAUUGCAAAGGUUCUUGGCACCGAUGAACUGUUUGAAUACCUAGACAAAUACGACAUCGAGCUGGAUGCACAGUACGACGAUAUUCUGGGUCGGUUCCCCAAAAAGCCAUGGCAGAGCUUCGUCAACGCAGACAACCAACGAUUCGUCACUCCAGAAGCUAUUGACUUCUUGGAUAAGCUACUGAGAUAUGACCAUCAGGAGCGUCUCACCGCACAAGAGGCCAUGGCACACCCAUAUUUUGCACCAGUCCGAUCAAUGGCUCAAGAGGCGAAUGCCCAAAACCACGUUUCUUGAGACGGUGAUGUUUGGGCAUCGACAAUCGAGCCAAUCAGCACGACAAUCGAACCGAAUUCGACCACUUGAAAGAGAGCACCAUUCAGAACUGAUGCUCCGCUCUGGCGUGGGAUGACAUGACCACCGAUGAGCAAAAGCGACCGAGCAUGAUCACAGCAUCGUAUGGUCUCGUUUCGGCCCAAAGCUAAUCUCGACCGAUAACGUCCAGGACCGGGUCGAAUCCGACAUGGCAAGCAUGAUCAGGACUGCUUGCGGGGUUGUAUGGAGGAUAUAGAGGUAUGGGCAUGGGCGGGCCAUCACCAUAAACCAGGCAUUGUUGCUGUUGUUAGCAAUGGGAAACGCCAGGAAAUAGGCGUAUUCCGCAGCAGACUCUAUCACCCAACUCUUAGUCCUAAUCUACUCAAUCUCCAUCUCCAACUGUAACGAAA